AUGCUAUUCACUACCCUUGUACGCAAGUCUCUUGUCAGUACUGUCAAUAAAAAACCCCUUCACUAUUUAGUCUAUGUGAAAGACUGUGUUGACAAAGAAGCCUAUUCCCGCCGUCUUGCUGCCAGACCCAAACAUCUAGCAGAUGCUCACGAACAGGCUGAACGAGGCAUUAUUGUUCUUGGAGGUGCUUUGAUGAGUGAAAAAACAGCUCAUCAUGAAAGUGCUGGUCGGAUGACUGGAUCUAUGCUUAUUCUAGACGUACCAGACUUGGCCACUGCGCAUGCUGUUGUUGCAAAUGAUGUCUAUACAAGGGAUCGAGUGUGGGAUCCUCAACAGACGGUCAUAUGCGAGUUCAAGUGUGCACCACACUUUAAGAUGGGAAUGGACACAGAUUCCAAGAAGCAUGGAUCUGCUGCUGGCACUGAAUCGACCAACACCACCACUGUUACUGAAUAG